AUGGCUGCCGACCGGGGAAGUGCCCCUCCGGGCUCGGGCCAGUUUGGGGAGGAAUGGGCUCACGACCUCAGAGUUCAAUUCGAGCAACUAUUGCGGACGAAGCGCCUGAACGAACUUCAAACAUCAUCGCGGUCCGAAUCCUCAUCUAGGGCUUCAUCCGUUGGCCCCGACGGUACCUAUGCCUCGGGCUCCUCACAAGCACCUCCACCAUCAUACUCCGCCGUCCGAAACCUUCCCAAGGUUCCUCGAGCACCAGCGCCCAACGACGCAGCAUCCAUUAAGUUUAGAAACUUGCUUAUCUCGCUUUCAGCGACCCCCACCAAAUAUGAAAACCCGGGUCUGCUCGACGAGGCCCUUCAAGUCAUUCCAUUGGAUAGAAUAUACGGCGAGGCGGAAGAAGAGACUCAAGUAUUGCAAGCGCAGGCUGAGAGCAUGGGCGAUGGGAGGAAACCAGAAUGGGGCUAUCAAGAUUGCGUCAUUCGCGCACUUCUCAGACAGUUCUUCACAUGGGUCAACAAUCCUCCAUGUCCCAUCUGCCUUUCACCAACAGUUGCCAAGGGUAUGACCCCACCCAUGCCGGAGGAGAAAGCUUGUGGCGCUUUGCGCGUAGAGCUCUACCAGUGUGCCAGCCAGCAUUGUGGAGCAUAUGAGAGGUUUCCCCGGUACAGCGACGUGUGGCGCUUGCUGCAGACAAGACGCGGACGUUGCGGUGAGUGGGCUAACUGCUUCAGCAUGCUUUGCCGGGCAGUCGGUGGGCGAGUACGCUGGGUAUGGAAUGCCGAGGACCACGUAUGGACCGAGGUAUACUCGGAGCAUCAGAAGCGGUGGGUUCAUGUGGAUGCGUGCGAGGAGUCUUGGGACAACCCACGACUUUACACGGAGGGCUGGGGCAAGAAGAUGUCCUACUGCAUCGCCUUCUCCAUCGACGGUGCCACCGAUGUUACGAGACGCUACGUGCGAAAGAUGGAAUGCUACAACGACCGCAGCCGAUGCCCAGAAGAGGUCUUGCUAUAUAUAUUACAAGAAAUCAAGCACCUGAGGCGGGCCAACAUGCCCAAAGAGGAUCGGUUCCGGCUGGAAAAGGAGGACUCGAGGGAGGACCGCGAAUUGCGGAGCUAUGUGGUGGCGUCCAUCACACAGGCGGUGACCGAGCUUGUCCCAGGACAAGUCAAUACCAGCAGCCAGCGAGGAACCCCGACCAACGACGAUACCAAGGUGCCUGUCUCCGCUGACUUACCUGUCCGCCAAAGUGGAAAUGCCGAGUGGGUGGCUGCUCGCGGAGAAAACGGGCAACGAAAUCAACAAAACCAACGGUUCCAACCGCCACAUAACCAAGGACCACGGUUCCCUUAA